CCACGGUGCGGGAGGUAUCUCGUGUACCCGUCCCCGGCGCUCUGUGUUGUAUUAGCGCUUCCACCACACUGAGUUCGAGUAUGAUUCACGGAGAAUAACCUCAUUUUUGGUGUAUAGAAAGAAAUUAUCUAAGUGUCGCAAGUGAAUUUGCCGAGGAUCGGUAGAAAUUAGUGAGAUUUGAGGCAGUUUUGCCUUAGUGUUGGCUGGCUCGCGACUGGACCACCCGUCCGAAUACUUCAAUGUGGGCUCUUGGCAGCGAUUUCGGAUUCAAUUUUUAGUGUCCACUUGUGUAUAUUACGGUGAAUUUUAGUGUAUUAUUGUUAAGCAAAGAACAUAAUAACCAAUUUAAUAGUGGGAACAUAAACCCAUACCGGUUUUAAAGCAGAAUUGAGGAGGAGAAGGUACUUUUGACGGUGUCUGAUUCCGUCCCCUGUUAUCCCCGGCACGAAGUGGGUCUAGCAUCGGCGACGACUUCGUCUUAUACCUCCGACGACAGAGUGUGAUGGUGUGUGCGUGACAAUGGACUUCCCUCGCGACUCCUCCCACCGGGGCCGCGGGCUGAUGGGUCGCCGGUCACCUCCCACACACCCCUCCCUGGUACACACACUCGUCUCCCCGAAGCCGGAUCCCUCGCCCUCCACCUCUCCUUACGUUGGCGGCUCUCCCUUAUUUGGAGAAUCACCCUCGGGGAUUCCACGCUCUCCGGUGUCCCCCAUGGGUAUUAUGGUGAAGAACGAGCCCCCUGUGUCACCCUCGGGGCCCUCGGACUACCCCGGACACCCGAAGAAGCCUCGGUGUGAUGCCGAGUGGUCUCCUUCCCCCGGGGCCAUGAGCGUUGACUCGUUGUCUCCGCCGCCCCAGAACCCCAAUGGACUUUCAGGGGGAUCUAUGGGUCAUCCCUCCAACGGCAACGCGCUCUCUCCCAUGUCCUCCUCCAGCUACGACCCCAGCUCACCUUACCUCCCCAGAUCAGGUGAGUAACUCCUUCAAGACCAUCUC